AUGUUGGCAGAAACUCCUCUUUAUAUGGAUAACCUGGGUGAGUUUGCAUUUGAGGAUAAUAAAGGUUUGUAUAUCUUUUAAUGUUCAUUGAUGUUUCCAGCGAUGUCGAUGGAUUCGAAAACCAACAAUUCUUUUUCCAAUUCGCCAGUUUCCGAAGAAUCCAACUCUCAAUCCAGACCUAAUAUAUCGCCAGAAUUGGAGCACCCCGCCGCGGAUGAGAAGUCUGUCACUUCUCCACGUCCGGCGCCGUGUGAUUCUUUAGAAGUGGUACAAGUGCAGCCCACAAGGAAAAAGUCCCAGAAAAGAUCGAUCGUUUGCGAAUUCGAGGAAGAAGGAAAACCUCAGGUACUUUAUUUUUGUUAUUGGUAAAUUCGGCGUUUUUAGUGUAAACAACGUGCAAUAUUGUCAUAUCGGUUUUGUAUCAGACAUAUUCUCAACGACCUCGAUGCUCCUUAUAAACGAUGCGAAUUUAUGAUUAGAAACAAAAGUAGGGAUUUCAGGAUAUGUUUUCCUCGUUUAAUUAGUCAAUACGUUUACUAUUUUUUUUAGUACAAUGCACGAACGCUAUCAAGAAGGAUCUGAAUAGUAUAUACUGUAGUACACAUUUGAUUAAGAGAGGAGAAAAGGAGGCGAAGCGUAGAAAGAAGCCAGAGGCAGCUGUCACAAAUGAUAGUCAAAACUCUAUGGGAUCUGAUGUUACAUCUCCAAGUUUACACGGUAAGAAUUUCUCAAUAAUAUAUCUUGUUUUUAGAAGAUGGUUUGAACUCGUCAUUUGAUUCCGUGGAUCAGAUAAAAUCAUCGGAACCUGUUCAUUUUGUGCCCCAAUCACGGCCGAUUAUUCGACGUGUGGAUAAUGGGUUUCAUUCGGAUCAAUAUCCACAAACAUCUCGAGCAUUUGUAACAGAAACAAGAGUAGUGGAAGCCGAGCCUCAUGCUGGACCUUAUCUUGGCAAUGACCUGAGAAGACCGUAUGAACCAGGGUUUGUGGUCCACAAGUAUAUCCCUGAAAAUGGGUCUAAUCUUCCGAGAGUUCGUAAUUUGCAAUCUCGAAAAUGUCCGGUGAAGUUAAUGAACUGCAAAGUGGCGCCCGUGUGUUAUGAUUCAUCUAUAUUAAAUGUGGGCGAAAAUAUGGAUGAGGUCGAGAAGUUGAAACGAGAUUACCUGAAUGAAAAUGGAAAUCAGAAGACGAAGCGACAGAAGAAGGAGAUACAAUUAGCACACAAAUGCAGGAACAUAAGGAUAAAGGGACCUUUCCGAUCUAUAGGUCUGAUAGACACGAUGUGUAAUCAAGUGGAGGGAAUGGAUUUCGAUAAUUCGGACCUUUUCCCUCUAGGUAUGUUGAAUUGUCCAAUUAUUCCACGUAUUUUAGGGUUUGAGCCGUCGGACAGCGAGAGCAGUUCGGAUGAAUCGAGUGUCGACAACUGUUCGGCUGUUAAUCUAAAUCCAAGGGACUUCAGACAAUGCCGCCUAGAACUGUAUCUUUUGAAGAAGAGGCUAAAAAGGGAGUCCGAGAAGCUUCAAUGGAAUGCCCGACUCUCCGUGAAUGUGAUCGCGGCUGCCCGAUCAUAUCCAGAUCAAGUUGGGUCUGCAUUCAAGACUCGAGAAGUUACUCGGAAGCGGUACAACAACAUUAAUUCCCUCAGGCAUCGCUGUUUUUACUUUUACCAAAAUACACAGACCAAAUGUGACAAUAUCGCGGUUCCACGGUCGUCUCUUUGUAUGGAGCACAUUGGGUACAGUGUAGAUCAGAAGGCGUUUGUCUUCUGCUCCACGCCAUGUUGCGGAAAGCCCGUACUCAAGAUGAAUGCCAUGAUGUUUGGAGGAAAGUGUGAAGAACAUCAUUUUCUUGGUCUUCAAUCUCAAGAGGUGUCUGUCCAUAAUGGAAUCAGAAAAUUUCACAAUAAUGGACAUGAUAUUCCAAAGACGAACGGGCAUCAUACCGCAACUCUUCAUGUCCAGAACAACAAUUGCAAUGAAUCCGGCAGAUUGACUGACGAGCACGACACCAGUGCGGAUAAUCAACUCAUAAAUUCUAUUACAAUGGACGACUUUAACGUCACUGAUGGUGAGUUAUUACUUAUCGUAGCAAGUAAUUGUUUGUGUUACAUUUUACUGAUUCUUUUAUUUAGUAGUUGAUGGAGAUGUGUCGCUUUCCUCAGUGGCCAACGAUCUCUUUGAUAACCAUGAACUCAAUGAUAUGUUAUCCCAAUUCCCGUCUGUCGACGAUCCUCCUUCCGAGAAUGGAGGCGAUCUGGAUGGCAAUGAUGAGCUUCUGAAUGUUUUUACAAGUAAGUUGGUCUUCCACGAUUCUAAAUUUAUCACUUUAGAUCCUGUUGACGACAGCGAAGAAGGGAUGGCCCAUUCCUGGGCAGAUAUCCACGAGUUCCUGAGGUCUGAGGGAUAUCAGGCUGGCUCUCCCUCUCACCCGGCAGGUAACUAG